GCCCUACAGCAAAGGGGAAACUAAAAAACUCAAAAACAAGCGCUCCCAUGGACAAAAGAUGGAGCUGUGUUUGUGCCAAGAGAGGAUUUCCUCUGACAAAGAGCAGGCUGAGCGCACUCAGCUCCACUACGCAGUGCAAAGCACCCCAGGUUUCAGUUCCCUGUUUCAGCCUGUUUCAGUCUGUCUGUCUGGCCCUCUCUCCCUCUCUGUUUCCACAUGUGUGUACUGUAGCAACUAAGACAACCAGAUAUGGCUGACUCCUUCACACAGAGCCGGAGGCACACAGAAGGAGAGUCUUUGUGUUGGUGCUGGAUUGGAUUUCAUGACUGCUGGGUUCUUGGUGGUUUGGGUGGACUGUGGAGUCGCAAACAAAACCAUAAAAUAAACAAAGGGACAAACUAGAGACAAGGCUUAGCCAGGCAGAGGGCUAAUAAAAGGCCAGGCUUGGGAGUGGCUGCCCCCGCACCAUGACAUGGCUGGGUGGGCCGGCCCGAGGUCUACUACUGUAUGGAACAGGGCUGGCCGCGGUCGCACACAUUGGCUGCCCAUUCAUUUACUGCUGCGUGGCUGCCAGUAAACCUCUCUGACAGUCCAUGUCAGGUCGUGUAAACUCAUUGAGCACGGUUAAUCUUUAACCAGGAGAACCACCGUUAACGACACACAAGUCUGUCCCACGUGCUGUCUGUCUGUCUGUCUGUCUGUAUGUCUGUCUGUCUGUCUGUCUGUCUGUCUGUCUGUCUAUCUGCCUGCCUGUCAGAUUGCACAUAUGUCUGCCUGUCUGUCUGUCAGCGCAUGUGUCUAUCAGUCUAUCCGACGUAUGAAACUGUGUUAAAAGGAGGGAGUGCGUUUCAGGACAUUGUGGCAAAGUUUUCUGAUACUAUGUCCCUCGAAUGCAAAGAAGUGCAUGAAAGAAAUAUGAAAUGUUAAUUCAAGCAUGGAGAAUAUUGAUAAGAUUAAGGCCAGACCGUUUAGCUAUGUGCUAUGGCUAUGGCUAUGGGCUGAUCAAUUUGUUCCAGUGACUUCUUUUUGCCUCUGAUCCCACUGCCUUUCCAUUUUAAAGAAAACCAACAGUAUGUCCUAAAGCAUUUGAAUAAGACUUAAGCUCUAUUGCCUCAACACAUGAGCCAGAGAGAGCGAGUGAUAGAAUAUCUUUAAUUAUGGAAAUGAUCACAACGGCUUCUCCAGUUCAAACAAAACUCUUAAAAUUCAGUUGGCAUAACCUUAUGGAUGUGGGUGAUGUGUUGUCAGUAGCGUUGUGUGUCCCCUGUUGCAAAAUAUUUAAAAGAAAGUACUGGUCCUGAAAAGAGAAUUUGCUUAAUUGAAUCGGUAACGGAAGUUUUAGUGAUGGCAGGAGAGACUCUAAGGAAGGUUUGGUCUCCCUGACCGGUAUAAUCCUUGGGUUCAUCUUCAUUGAAUAAACAUCGUUUUUUUUAAUUUGUCCUGAAAGUGAUAAAAAGAUGUGAUGGAGAAACUCAACUUUCCUAUCGUGUUAGUCGAGGGUGGAACCGGAUAAAAACAACACCGCUGUGCCAGAUGUGUGUUCCAAGAACGGGCGUAUGAAGCGUGACUUCAUGGUGGGUGUGGUGGCUCCGUGUAUGGAACAUGCUGAAGGACCCCAGUGUCAUGUCCCGUCCUGCUAGCCUGUCACAGGGCUGAGUUUGUUCAGGUCUGAGAACACAACUCUGUGCCCCGUUGCUCACUGAACACUGUGGCCAUUGUAGCUGAGCUGCCCUCCACUAGAGGACCAGUGCAGUAUGCCGGCCAUGUGCUGGAUCUGUGUCUCUCUGUGAACUGCUGGCCUGGGUACACACUUCAAACUGUCUUAGCGGAAACCGCGUUCUCCUCCUUGUGCAUAUAUGCUAUCCUUACAUUCUAUUUGAUGGUGUCAUGUGCUAAAUUAGAUUAUUUUACAAAACAUUAUAUGUAGUGUAAUAAAAUAAGUUGCAUCGUUACAUGUGCCCAUGCUUUGAGAUCUUUUAACACCGUGGCAACACUGUGCAUGCUUACAGCCCUUAUUUCAUUCAAUUGCAUCAGGAAACGUUAGAAACAGCAGACAGACCAGUUGACAAAAGCCCAACUUGCUGCCCCAGUGACUUACAGCAAGGCAUCUGAGCCGUAAAGAUCCCAACUACUGUUUUUUUUUCUCCUAUAUGGAGCUACGGGGCUGUCUGCCAGAUAGUGUUGCUUUGGAAGAGUUCAGAGUGAGUCCCUCCUCAGGUUUAACACAUUCUGGAAGAACAGUGGCUCGCUCUGAUCCAGUCCAAACACAUGGUGUAUAUGAUACUCCCGUACACCGUAUGCUGAGAUAUAUCAUACACAACGGCUUAAGACUAUGUUCACAGGGCAGUGGGGGUCAGGCAUGCUGAGGGCAUGAUAGAUAUGUGGGUGUGUGUGUGCGGGUACAUGCUGCUGUCUGUUUAUAAAGACUUAUAGCGUUUAUUUUGGGGGCGCAUGUUGAAUGCUGAUAUGUUGAUAUUGCAUUGAGUUUCUCAGUUGAUUAAUUUGGUUGUUCAAACUGAUAGCGCCCUUAUAAUAGGUGAGCAUGUGGUCGCUUUUGUUUGUUCAGUGUUUGCCUGAACUUAAGAACUUAAGCAUUGAUAUUCUUCUAUUGGACCAGCUGUCAAGAAUGACUGGCGAUGCUGUUGCCGUAAUGUAUCGGGUAAAUGCCCAUUCAGUAUGUGGGAUGUCUGCAUCUGAUUCUAUGUGACAUAGGUUUGUAAAUUUCAUGUUGUUUUGAAAACCUUUGUGAGAAACCAGUGAAACACAGAAUAGGGCACAGCAAAUAUGACCUGAACUAAACCUGAUAUUAUCGGUUUAUAACAGCAGGAAGCCCUUCCUUUUCCCCUUACCUUAAACUAUUCCCUGAGGCUAGCGAAGUUGCUUGUGUCCUUGAAGGUCGUAUUAAACUUGGCCACUCAUGAUUAAGGACAGGGAUACCUUGUGACCCUAUUGGAAAAUGAGUUCAUGCUGACAGACUCCAAGGUUCUGGCAUUUUAGGUCGGACAGGAAAGGACAAACACAUUAUAUCAUUUUUCUUAUCGUUUUUCAUAAGUUCUUAAUUAUGGAUAUGGAUACUGGUGCUGUUUACAACACAACUAAAUAUGAAAUAUCCUAUAUUACCAAUGCAUUUGCGAAUGAAAUAAAAUAUGUUUAAUAACCCUGGAUACUGAACAUUGACAUUGACAUUAAUUGAUAUAAUACCCAGAGCCAUUUUAAAGUUCAGUGCUGUAUAAUUACAUAGGCCAACAGAUUGAUCGUCAUCCUAAUGCUCUCAUUCCAGAAACAAACUUCUGUGCAAAAUUAAUAUGUAUUUUUAUCCCUAUGGUAUGUGCAAAGAACAUAGCAUUCUAUACGGCUGUUGUGAGGCUUGAGACAAAGUGAAAGACACUGGAUCAGCUCUCCCGAAUGGUAUAUCGUGGAAUGCUUUCCCUGAGAAGUAGACAGAACUCUUCCACAGGCUUUCGGAGACAUCCAUGCUUAUUUUGCAAACUGGUUUUAAGUGUUAUCAUAAUUGCCGCACCAUCUGUUAAAUACUCCUAUCAGAGGGAUGUCUGGAAGCUUCAUCAGUGGAUUCCUUUUCAAUAUACUGAACAGAUAUUCUCUGCUAAUGACAGACACCAUGCUGUCUUCAAUGGCAUUACUAUGCAGCCCGGAAAACAUCAACACUGAUCCACCGACUCUCACAUUUCGUGACCUUCUAGACUUUUUUCAGUCGUUUUCCUCAUCAUUAGCGCCAGUCAAGAACUAGCAUGCACCGCUGCAUCGCACGCUGGCAUUCCUCUGGUCUUGUGAUAGGAGUCUUCCAGAUCAAGGAACCAUGAUGUUCCUGCACGCCGUUUGAAGUGUUGCAGAACUGAUUUGAGCGGUGUUUGUUGCAUGUGACGACAUGGUCGGACAUCUGGUGAAUUUGGCAAAUAUUGGAUGAAGUUAUGCUACAAACUUCUAUUGAGUAGGUAAUAGCACAGGUGACAACCAUGACAUACUGACUAAUAAACUUAUAUUACUAUUAUUAGCUCAGCCACCAAGAAAGUAAACUGAGGGCCUGGCUAAGAGACCUACGUUUUAUACACAUAGAUAUUCAUAUAUUUGUGACAUCUGUACAUCAUUACGCUUUAUACACUUGUUCAUCAAAGAAGCACGGAGAAAGAUGCACACAAACGCACACACGCAAACAGUUUUAUUGGCAACUUACCCCCCAUGGUAGAGUGGGCUAAACUGCAUGACUUCUCUGCCUCUCAGUAUUAAAUGAUCAUUAAACGGGAUGUUCAGCAAAGCGGCUUUCACAGCCCAAGGGGCUAAUGGUGAGCGAUAUUGUUUUCCACGGCUAAUCGGCUCUAACAGUCCUGGCAUGCUGACUUUUCUCACUAGGUUAUAAAUAGAAGGAAAAAGCUAUAAUAAAGCCCCUCAUUUGUCAGUUAACUUAUUAAUAACAAAAUCUAUGUUUAUGUGUUUUUGAAGAAUCCCAGUUUGGCUAUGCAGUGACAGUGUUGGCGGUUUCUUUGGUUAUCAGGGCCGAGAUGUUGUGAAGUAGAGGCUCAAGGUAGAAAGGGCUUAUUCUUAACCCCUACACAAACAGACAUACAAACAGUCACACGUACAAACACACAUAGGCAUACAAACACACUAUGUGUUAUUUAGUUGGUGCCACUACUAAAAUGCCGUACAGGACACUAGUGCCCCAGCUUCACGUGUUUUAGAGACAACUGCUUCUAAUCGCUCAAGACAUGUUUUGUGAAGUUUUGAGCAGUGGGGGUUGUGUGUGUCCAUCAUUAAUGUCAUGGUAAUGACAGUUCCCUUCUCACCAUGCAAAACCCAACAGGGUACCCGUCUCACUGUGUAUACCAUAUGAGACCUAUAAGACCACCUCAUCCAGGACGUCUCGGUUGUGAUUCCCUGAUCCGGUCUUGGGUUUGAAAUAUGCUUUCACAUGACCAAUUUGUCAUACAAACUGUACUCUAAUUAGGACUAAUCUAGCCCAUGAAAGGCCCAUCAAAUUCAUAUCACUGUGUCCAUCUUUUCGGGUGAUUAUCAGACCCAAGGUCAGCUGAAGAGACGAAACAGCCACCUGUGUCAAAGAGCUGUUAAUGCUAUAGGGUUGGCAAUGUAUUUUAGAAGCCUUUUGGGCAAAUUUAGGCAGUCCCUUAUCUAAAGCUAGCUAACUAGUCCUAUCUUUUGGGGAAGUUCUUGAGGAUGGCCUGAAGGGAGGUUGGAUUCUUUGAUGAUCUAGCGUUCUCUGGCUGAUACCCAUCUGCACAAAUGCCUGUUGGUUACUAAGUCUCCCAACCCCGGAACAUUCUGGAGAAGUUCUGGGGGUUAAUGCUGAGGGGUGAUAUUCAUUAUCAUCACAACGGUGUAAUAUUUCGGAAAUGAUGAUCAUUGAUCACAGCCUUCAAGGAGACACCGUGCCCUGCUUCUAUAGUCCAACAGCUAAUAUUGACUUGCUGUAAUUGCCAUAGAAGGGUCAGUGUGAUCCCAUGACAUCAUCUCCAUCCAAAGGUCCGACAUGUCACAGACUAGUGUGACAUGCUCUCUCGAUGUCCCGUACAACUCAUCUCAUCACUCAUACACAGCGCUCAUCUGUUCAUCAGCACCGGGGUGGUCACCUGAAACAAGGAGGCAGUUUAAUUAAAAUACCUCAGCUUGUUCCAAAACCUGCUUGUGCGGUUACUCUUACCUUCCCAGCUAUCUCAGAUAGUGUUUCAGCCCCGGAGAGGUGGUGGAUCGUCUCUCAGAGAGGAGAGACCAACGAGUGACUUGUCGAAACACGCUAGCAUAAAUCCCCUGUGCUACCGUUGUGUGCCCUGACACAAGGCUGUCAUGGCAGGCAAGCUCCAGUGUGUGUGUGUGUGUGUGUGUGUGUGUGUGUGUGUGUGUGUGUGUGUGUGUGUGUGUGUGUGUGUGUGUGUGUGUGUGUGUGUGUGUGUGUGUGUGUGUGCAUGUGUGUGUUUGUGACUUUGUAACAGAGUUAAUCCCUAAUCUUUGUAAUUAGAAGUCCAAAGUGAAGUUAUUAGCUGGAGACCCUCCCCCGCCAAAGGCAUGCACAAACACACACACACACGCAGCCACGCACCCACACUCACACACACACAGGAACGCACAAAUACACACACCAAACACCCCUUCGCUAGCUCCUUUGACCUUAUGCACUUCAUUGAGGGCUCCAUGCAGUGAAUAGAGGGCCCUGUGGCAAUCUUACAGCGUUACCAUGUCAACAGCAACAAGUUAAAAUGUACGUAAACAUGAAUAACCAGCUCUGAUGGGGUACAAGCCUGAACUAAUUUCCUUUACAACUGGAUCAAUGUUUGAAUGCAUCGCAAAUAUAGGCCUGAACUUUUCUUUUUUUGACUUCAAGAUUGGAACAUGUCAUGAUACAGGUCCUCAAAAUAUGUUGCAUUAGAAAGCCACAUCCAACCUUGAGCACUGCAUCAAAUAAUUGUUUUCUGUUUUUAUUGAUAUUCCUGAAGAGCCACUAAGAGCAUUCAUACACUAGAGGGCAGCAUAAGCAUUGCUUAUGUCUUAUCUUGCAAACAAGAUCGCCACCGUUUUGGGGGAAUUUUUAUUUUGUAUUUAAAAGGGGUCAUAUUCCCUGUUUUGUUUGCAAGAGUAUUCAGCAUUUCCUGGCAAAUUAUGCAUCACUAUUAGCCUGUAUAAAUUUAUAACAUAACUCAACCUCUUUUUAUGAUGAAAAACACUUACAGUGAAAGCUGUUGUGUUGGAUCUCACAGUCUGUUAGCGUGUUUGCGUGUGACUAUAGUGUGUGUCCGGGUGUCCAUGUGUGUAUGAGCGUGCGUGCCGGGGCCUCCGGUUGUUUGUUGACCCUGGGUGAUGCUGUGUGUCCUGAAUGGUGAUUGACUUUUCCCCUCGCAGCUCAGAGCACAGUGCUGCACCACAGCCGACAUCAUAGGGAGUAGUACAUCAUAGUACAACAGCCCAGUUAGGGACCUCAGCAACCAUGCUGCCCCACAACAACAGCAGUUACAAGGGGGUUUGGACCACAGGACUUGGGAAUCACAAAGAAGAUAGUCCAUUCCUUAAUAAUGUGGAUGCUGCCAGGAAAAACGACUUCUACGACCGGAAUCUGGCCUUGUUUGAGGAAGAGCUGGACAUACGUCCGAAGGUCUCCAGCUUCCUCAGCCGAUUGGUCAACUACACCAACAUCACGCAGGGAGCCCGGGAGCACGAGGAAGAGGAGAGCGCCAACGUCUCCCGCAAGAAGGCCCCGAAGGCCCCCAACAUGGGCACCCUGAUGGGGGUGUACCUGCCCUGCCUGCAGAACAUCUUCGGGGUGAUUCUGUUUCUGCGGCUGACCUGGAUCGUAGGAACGGCCGGCAUCGCUCAGUCCCUCAUCAUCGUCUUCAUGUGCUGCUCGUGUACAAUGCUAACAGCCAUAUCAAUGAGUGCCAUUGCGACGAACGGUGUGGUUCCAGCUGGAGGAGCCUACUUCAUGAUCUCCCGCUCGCUGGGCCCAGAGUUCGGAGGGGCGGUGGGAUUGUGUUUCUACCUGGGGACCACCUUCGCCGCUGCCAUGUACAUACUUGGGGCUAUAGAAAUCUUCCUGAAAUACCUUCUCCCCCAGGCGGCCAUAUUCCACGCCAGCGGCCCCCAAGGCGGGGACAGCGCCAUGCUGAACAACAUGAGGGUGUAUGGGACCCUCUGCCUCAGCCUCAUGGCCCUGGUGGUCUUUGUGGGCGUCAAGUACGUCAACAAGCUGGCCUCGCUCUUCCUCGCCUGCGUCAUCAUCUCCAUCUUCUCCAUCUACGCCGGUGCCAUCAAGUCCAUCACGCACCCCCCGGAGUUCACGGUCUGCAUGCUGGGCAACAGAACCCUGGAGAGAGACCUCUUCGACGUGUGCUCUAAGACGGUGGUGGUGGGCAACGAGACCGUCCCGAGCCAGCUGUGGAGGUCCUUCUGCCCCGAGGGGAACGUGAGCAGCGCUCAGUGUGACGACUACUUCAGCCAGAACAACCUGACGGAGAUACCGGCCAUCCCCGGCCUGGCCAGUGGCAUUAUCAGUGACAACAUGUGGGGGGACUACAUGCAGAAGAAUGACGUGAUGGAGAAAGCGGGCCUGUCCUCGGUGGAUGCCAAGGGGCCGGCGGAGAGCAUUGGCAUGUAUGUGACCGCAGACAUCGCCACAUCCUUCACGCUGCUGGUAGGGAUCUUCUUUCCCUCCGCUACAGGCAUCAUGGCGGGGUCUAACCGGUCGGGAGACCUCCGCGACGCCCAGAAGUCCAUCCCUGUGGGAACCAUCCUGGCCAUCACCACCACGUCGCUCGUCUACUUCAGCUCUGUGGUUCUGUUUGGGGCCUGCAUCGAAGGUGUGGUCCUGAGGGACAAGUUUGGGGACGCGGUCAAUAAGAAUCUAGUGGUGGGAACUCUGUCCUGGCCGUCACCCUGGGUCAUCGUGAUUGGCUCCUUUUUCUCCACCGUGGGGGCAGGGCUCCAGUCCCUGACCGGUGCUCCCCGUCUCCUACAGGCCAUCGCCAAGGACAACAUCAUCCCGUUCCUACGGGUGUUUGGGCAUGGUAAGGCCAACGGAGAGCCCACCUGGGCCCUGCUCUUGACUGGGGUCAUCGCUGAACUAGGCAUCCUCAUCGCCUCCCUGGACAUGGUGGCCCCCAUCCUUUCCAUGUUCUUCCUGAUGUGUUACCUCUUCGUGAACCUGGCAUGUGCCGUCCAAACUCUGCUGCGCACACCCAACUGGAGGCCACGCUUCAAGUACUACCACUGGGCGCUGUCCUUCCUGGGGAUGAUCAUGUGCGUGGCGCUGAUGUUCAUCUCGUCUUGGUACUACGCCAUCGUGGCCAUGGGCAUUGCCGGCCUUAUCUACAAGUACAUCGAGUACCAAGGGGCAGAGAAGGAGUGGGGCGAUGGGAUAAGAGGCCUGUCACUGAGCGCCGCUCGCUACGCUCUGCUGAGACUGGAGGUCGGGCCGCCCCACACCAAGAACUGGAGACCUCAGCUGCUGGUGCUGCUGAAGAUGGACGAAGACCUCCAUGUCAAGUACCCCCGGCUGCUGACCUUCGCCUCGCAGCUCAAGGCGGGCAAAGGGCUGACCAUCGUGGGCUCUGUGAUCCAGGGGAACUUCCUGGAGAGCUAUGGGGAAACACAGGCGUCUGAACAGGCCAUCAAGAACAUGAUGGAGAUUGAGCGGGUGAAGGGCUUCUGCCAGGUGGUGGUGGCCUCCAAGGUGAGGGACGGCAUUGCCCACCUGAUCCAGUCCUGCGGCCUGGGGGGCAUGAAGCACAACACGGUGGUGAUGGGCUGGCCCUACGGCUGGAGGCAGAGCGAGGACCCCCGCGCCUGGAAGACCUUCAUCAACACGGUGCGCUGCACCACGGCCGCCCACCUGGCCCUGAUGGUGCCCAAGAACGUGUCCUUCUACCCCAGCAACCACGAACGCUUCAGCGACGGCAACAUCGACGUGUGGUGGAUCGUACACGACGGGGGCAUGCUCAUGCUGCUGCCCUUCCUGCUCAAGCAGCACAAGGUGUGGCGGAAGUGCAACAUGCGCAUCUUCACUGUGGCCCAGAUGGACGACAACAGCAUCCAGAUGAAGAAGGACCUAGCCACCUUCCUCUACCAGCUAAGGAUCGAGGCUGAGGUGGAGGUGGUGGAGAUGCACGACAGCGAUAUCUCCGCCUACACGUACGAGCGGACGUUGAUGAUGGAGCAGAGGUCUCAGAUGCUGAGGCAGAUGAGGCUGUCCAGUGCAGAGAGGGACCGAGAGGCCCAACUGGUGAAGGACCGGCACUCCCUGGUGCGCAUGGGAAGCCUGUACUCUGACGAGGAGGAGGAGGUGCUGGAGUCUCCCACGGAGAAGGUCCACAUGACCUGGACCAAGGAGAAGUGUGAGGCGGAGAGGAGGAACCACACCAACGCCCCAGAGAACUUCAGAGAGCUCAUCAGCAUAAAACCGGACCAGUCCAACGUGAGGCGGAUGCACACGGCGGUGAAGCUGAACGAGGUGAUCGUCAACCGGUCCCACGACGCCCGCCUGGUGCUGCUCAACAUGCCCGGCCCGCCCCGGGACACGGGCGGGGACGAGAACUACAUGGAGUUCCUUGAGGUUCUGACCGAGGGCUUGGAGCGAGUGCUGCUGGUCCGAGGAGGGGGGCGGGAAGUCAUCACCAUCUACUCCUGACCAACCACCCUAACCCUAACUACUGCUACUACUAUACUACUACUAUACUACUACUAUAAAGGGCUCGCCCGGCCUCGGCCCAGCCCCGGCGAGACACAGCAACACAUGACUAGCGGUACUGGUGUUCGCUUUACGACUUCUGAGAUCCUUUACAAAAAGAAGACUCUCUCAGAAAUAUCUGUUAAUAUCCCAACUUUUCCAAGUCACGUUCAGACCAAACGUCCAUCAACGAUGUCAGUAUUUUUUGUAUUUUCUUAGUUAGAAGCUCGCUAACUAUGCUAGCGUGUAGAUACACCUGCGACUAAAUAGGGACUCUGUACAACGCAGUCAGACGGACUCUUCUGGACAGUGGAUUGGUUUCUUUCUUUCUUCUGCUACGCUAGCUUCUGCAGUGCGCCUCACCCAACGCUUCUAGCAGCGCCUUGGCAGCAGAAAUGUAUUUAUUACCUUAUUUAUUUGUUAGUUCUCCCCACAAUGAGGUUAGAGAGAUAUAAACAUGAUGAGAAAUUGUAGAAGUCAUUGCUGGUAAUGGACGUGUAUUAAAAUGUUAUUUGUGAAUGUAGAUGCAAGGGAAUUGUAAAAGCAAUUGCUGAAGGUGUUCUUUGUUUUUUUUUUAUUUAUGGAUGUUUUGUAUUGGACAAGGAUUUAUAUUGUUAAGAAAUACGUUUUGAAGAUAAAUAGUUUUUGGAAUCACCACACAUGUAUUUUUAUUUGAUUUUGUAUCUGACGGACUAGAAACAAGAUAUAUUUCCUGCGCCAUCACAGGCAUUGUUGCACACAUUCCUGUUUCUUACUCUAUAGAUUGAAGUGUGGAUGGGAAAAACUACCUUUUGUAUUAAUAAAUAAAACACCAAGGAAAUGGAAUGCCUGGAGUCUUGUAUUUUGUCAACUGGAUAGCUUUUCCUUGAUUUGUCAACUUAAGUUGAGUGUCUUAUGUAUAACAGUCACUUGCAAUCAAAUACUUAUUCAUCAAACAGCAUAACUCUGCAGAUUGUGUGUGCUGCCUGCCUGAUUUGAGUCUAACAUAAAUAGCUACAUGAACUCUGCUAGUUUUAUAAGGCCAUAAAGUUAUACACCAAAUCUCGGUAACACUUAACUGAAACCUUUAAGAAUUUAUAGUGAUUCUCAUUUUUCAAGUAUGAAUACUCAUUGG